GCAGAGGGGCCGACACCCGCGUGCUGCGCUGCGCUGCGUCGCGCGUCUGCGGCCGACUCACACUCGACCACGGCGGACGGCCACACACCCCUGACACGCGCCCUCAGCUGGACACAAUGAAGACGGAGUACCGGCUGUGCGCGGCGUGCCAGGAGCCGAUCACGGACAAGUACCUGCUGCAGGUGAGCGGCCGCACGUGGCACGCGCACUGCCUGCGCUGCUGCGUCUGCCAGCUCGCCCUCGACCGGCAGCCCUCGUGCUUCAUCAAGGACGACAGCGUCUACUGCAAGGCCGACUACGCCAAGAGCUUCGGGGCAAAGUGCGCCAAGUGCUGCCGCGGCAUCUCGGCGAGCGACUGGGUGCGCAAGGCGCGCGCGCACGUCUACCACCUGGCGUGCUUCGCGUGCGACGCCUGCAAGCGGCAGCUCUCCACGGGCGAGGAGUUCGCGCUGCACGAGGACCGCGUCCUCUGCAAGACGCACUACCUCGAGACACUUGACGGCGGCAGCACCUCCUCUGACGAGGGCGGCGAUUCGGAGAGUUACCACAAGAACAAGGCGAAGCGCGUGCGCACCACGUUCACGGAGGAGCAGCUGCAGGUGCUGCAGGCCAACUUCCAGCUGGACUCGAACCCGGACGGCCAGGAUCUGGAGCGCAUCGCGCAGAUCACUGGCCUGAGCAAGCGCGUCACCCAGGUCUGGUUCCAGAACUCACGCGCGCGCCAGAAGAAGCACCUGCACACCGGCAAGAUGAAGACACAGAUGCACCACGCGCCGCCGCCGCUGUCUCGCGACGCUGAAGCCGCGGCGACGUUCGGCCGGCACAUCAACCUGCACCUCACCUACUCCUUCCAGGCGCAGCAGCCGCCACCGCCCAAGGCCGCCGCCGCCGCCCUCUUCGUGCCGCACGCGCAAGACUCUUCGAUGGACGAGCUGUCCUCCGACUCGAUGGUGCAGUGCAUGCGCGGCGAGGUAUGAGACGCGCCCACGGCGCUGGCGGGGCACCUGGACGACGGGUGACUGCUGGCGCCGCGCGCGGCCGCCGAUCGAAGCUGCCUAUGACGCCCACUGCCGCCUCGCUCGCUCGGUGCCGUCUCCGUUAGUGGACGGACUGCGCGUCUUACUAGGGGACGUGAUAAGCAAGCUACUCGUCCACGUUCCACACUGGCACCACAAGGACUGCUGGAAACGCUAAUACUUGGUUAUCCUUCUCACUGUUUUUGUUACUGAUCGUCCUGUACUUGAAAGCUGAAAUAUGCGGACGAUUCUUGCCUUAAUUGUAAACCAGUAACUUAUGUCUAUGCUGCUAGACUUAGUCUGUACGAUAAAAGAAGACUGUCAUUGUCUGUGUGGCUCCUACAUAAUUUAUUUUUCUUCUGUAGUCGUUAAUUCGCCACAGAUACUGAUAGAAAAAACGUACGUUAAGAUGAGACCUUCAGUUUUCACGGCUUGAGUUCUGAAGACAGUCUCAGGCGUGUAAUAGUGCUGCUGUGUAUAUAUGAGCUCACUGCAGUCUUUAGGAACUAUGAUCUAAUCGACGCAAAGAAAAAGCUGUCCUCUUCAGAAUAUCGCUUAAAUGCCACAAAGUAUCGCCACAGAGCUGUGCAUUGCACAAACUGCUGGAGGAUAUGCCUUUACUAUUUUGAUCACGCAAAUGUAACCUCGUUUCAGAAGAUAUCGUAUAUUAAAUGUGGAGCGAGCUUUUCUCCAAUUAUCUGUCAUCCGUGCUUUUCACCAUAGUGUAACAUCAGUGUAUUAAAUGGAAUGUCAAAACUUUGCUUAAACUCUUGUAUAAACAUUGACUUUAUUUAAGUCACUGCAUUUUGCCGAGAACUGUCCGUUCUGAAAAAGAUAGAAUCCUACGAACAUUUCUUGUACUGUUUGAAAUCAUCCUCAAGAACCCAAUGAACGACAUGAGUGAAUUUGUUAUACAAAUUACUGUAUCCAGUGACAAAACUUUUUGAAACUGUGUUUCUGUUUCAGAAGCCAAGAUAUUACCUGUUGAACUGUGUACAGUACUUGGAUGUUAAAAAGUUCUAAAAAGUUAUUUACUAAGCUUUCCGGUAUUAAUGUAAUCUCUACCUGUAGACUCUUACAUGUUUGACUAUUUAGUCAUUUGGUAUGGAGACUAUCAGUGUAAUUAUAAACAAAUGCUUACUGCAGCCCUCAUCACAUUUGACGACAAGUUGUUAAUGAAGUACUCUUCGGCUUCGUUGUCAGUUACCAGUUUAACAGUAAAAUUCUCGUCGUCCUCAUCUUAAGAUGCAUACAGUAUCUCUUGAGAAGUGAGAAGCAAAAAUUAAAAUGUUUUCUAUGUCGUUUACAUACAUCCAGAGCGUAAGAAAAUUAAUCUUGCCGUACGUAUUGACUUGUGAUAGUAUUUAUGUUCGCCUACUUCGAAAUCUAGGCGACUGUGGUUUUCAUUUCGGCCUCAAAGUACCUAUCUGUGGUUAUUAAAUUUCAUAUAUCGUGAAGUAUGAAAUUUGUUGUGGAUUGAGUGCUAGAAUCUAAUUGAGGUCUUAGUUGCAAAACUCCGAAUUUAACACUGCUGACGCCCUCGAGGUGAAUAAUGAUACCAUUGUGUAUUUGACUUAUCCAAUACAGUGUACUUCUGCCUAUGUUCGCAUUCUCUGCGACUUUUUUGUUGUGCCCUCAAUAGCUUGCAUUUAAUCGACAAGGGAGCUAAAGCUUACUUCAAACAUGUUAAACAUUCUCCGUAUUCUAGCACCUUCAGACAGGAAUUUCAGAUUGCAACAACUCUACGCAAUUCUCAAUAUAUAUAUUUAUUCACCUAGGCCACCAGUUUUCUGCCAGAAUCGUUGAAGGCAUCGCAGCAAGCCUUCACACAAAUGACAGUACACACAGCAAGCGUAUUGUGCUAUAUGCGCUAUGCUCAUGACUUCUCGUUCUAGCAGGAUACUAGAACCAGUGAGGCAUUUUGAAUGACAUUAUGAAUUUCUUUACAGCACUCAAGAUCCAUUGAAAUGAAGAGUAUGAAGAUUGAUGCUUGUCGUGGUGUGCAAUGAAAAUUUUUCGCAAAAAAUGGCAGCAAAUGUAGUAACUAUGAAGACCUAGGUGGCCCCCAGUCGUCAAAGCGAUGUUUGCGCCCCGCUACCCAAUGUUUACGUCGCAAAGCAGGUGAAACUGUACUGAACCAACUUUCGUAUUUAGCACAUUCUCUUGUGAAACUUUUCGUUGCAAACCGCAUCAUGAAUCAUUAUACCCUACAUUUCAAGGACAUGAAUUGUGUUACAGUUGUAGCUACUUGCAAUAAUAAUACGUAGCUGUCUCAGUUUCUGGAUGGGUAAAAGCGAAGUUGAGACCAUAAUAAUCUCUUCCUUGUGUAACGUCACUACACGGACACUCUUUUCGAUAUCUUCAACACUUUAAGAAAUAUUUGUGUUGAGGUGACACGCCGGGAAGCCUGGACCAAUGCUGCAUUUGACCGGGUGCGACGUACCCAUUUUCUGGGCCACUGGCCGUACAAAAGCAAGAUGGAAGCUAUUUCGUUAGAUUUUGCCCCCGACAGUGGAAAGGGCGCCGACUGCGUCGCAGUGGAAUAUAUUUUGCGAACAUUACAUAUUCUGAAACCAACCAUAGCGUCAUCAGUUUAUUCUAUUUAACAGAAACAAAUUGUCAAACAUAUUCUGACCGCCACUGGGACACAGACUCGACAUUUGAUGACAGUGCAGUAUUUUCAAAACAACUCUCGCUUCUUGAGGUCAUCCAUGACAACGAAGUGAUUUGUCAGCCUGCGACACUGAACCUUCUGUUUUCCCUUUUUCGUGCCCUGUAUUUCAGACCGGGCGAUGGGAUGCAAAAUUAAGGCAGUGGGAUGGCAUUCGGGAGGAGUGGGAUUCAGAUCCCCGUCGGCUCACUCCAAUUUAGCAUUUUCUAAAUCGCUGAAAGCGUAUGGUGGGAUGGAUCCUAUGAAUAGGACACUGCCGAUUUUGUUGUGGAGGUGCCUGUGAGGAUGUAUUGAUUGGUGCUAAUAGUGGAAGUUAAUGGGCAAAGUGAGCAGCCGUGGAAAAUCGCUCUCUUAUGUAAGUACUGUCAUCCGUAAUAUGCAAUACAUAAUGCAUACUCCUCAAACAACACUGUUGUAUCUUCAGAGCAUUAUUUCCGAUAGAAUGCUUUUUGUAGAUUGUUAUAGAUGUUCACUGUAUCCUCCUCUGUGCAGGCAUUUCAACCACACCUUCUUAGCCUUCUUCAAUACCUACAACUUUCCUCUUGUAUUUCAACUGCAAUCUUGCCUUUGCAUUCGUAAUUUUCUUUCAUGCGUGCAUGUUCUGCUCCAGUAUGGAAAUAUGUCGUUAAUUCUAACGGUGUGUGUUUGCACGCACCCACUCAUUUCCUUGCAUUCUCAGUUGAUUUUUUGGCAGUAAUCCGUUUUUGUUGUUACAAUAGUCUAUUACUGAUGUUCAUCGAAAGCCAGACGGUUGCAAGAAAAAGCAUUCAUUCCUUAUAAAACAAAGGUGCGUUCGUGUCAUGCUCAGAAGACCUUCAAGAGGAACAAUCUAAACAAAGCAUAUUUGUGAGAUUUUGCUUGAAGUAUGAGUCCUGUACCCAAAAUUUUACUUUAAGUCUGAAUGUAUCUGCGUGUAUGAUGCUAAGAUAAUGCAUAAAAUAAAUAACGCUAUUCCAGAUUUAAAAAUUUUUGUCUUGAUACAAGACGAAUUCUCGAAAAAAGACAAGAUGAUUAACGCUGCAAAUUUAUUACUUGCCACAUCAGUAUUUUUAGCAAUUGUUUAAGAUGUCUGAAUCUGACGUCUCCAUACCAAAGGCACAUAUAGAGCAAUUUCUUUCUAAUUACAAAAAUGUUACUAAGUUGUAAUGUCACUGUUUCAUCUUAGCCUGAGAAUUUCACCAGUCUGUGCUAUAGUGUUUUGUAUAUAUUCAUGUUAUGGAUUAGAUCUU